AUGCCGCCGCCGUCCGCCGCCGCCGCAGCCGUCGGCGCCGCGAGGGACGACAUGUCCCCGGCGGAGGCCCGGCUGGCGAUGAUGGAGCUGGCGAACAUGGUGUCGGUCCCGAUGGCGCUGACGGCCGUGAUCCGGCUGGGCGUCCCCGACGCGAUAUGGGCGGGCGGCGCCAACGCGCCGCUGUCGGCGGCCGAGCUCCUCCCGGCGGGCCACCCGGACCCGUCGGUCCUGGAGCGUCUCCUCCGCCUGCUGGCGUCCCGCGGCGUCUUCUCCGAGUCCACGUCCACGUCGGAGGACCGGACGACGACUACAACGACGCGGCGGUUCGCGCUCACCGCGGUGGGCCGCACGCUGGUGCCCGAGGGCGCCUCGGGCGCGUCGUACGCCGACUACGUGCUGCAGCACCACCAGGACGCGCUGGUGGCGUCGUGGCCGCGGCUGCACGAGGCCGUGCUGGACCCGCGCGGGCCCGAGCCGUUCGCGCGCGCCAACGCCGGCGUCCCCGCCUACGCCUACUACGGCAAGGACAGGGAAGCUAACCAGGUGAUGCUCCGCGCCAUGACGGGGGUCUCCGAGCCCUUCAUGGACGCCCUCCUCGACGGCUACGGCGCCGACGACGGCGGCGGGUUCCGCGGCGUCGCCACGCUCGUCGACGUCGGGGGAAGCUCCGGCGCCUGCCUCGAGAUGAUCAUGCGCAGGGUCCCCACCAUCAAGGAGGGGAUCAACUUCGACCUACCCGACGUCGUCGCCGACGCGCCGCCCAUCGCCGGAGUGAGGCAUGUUGGUGGAGAUAUGUUCAAGUCCAUCCCCUCUGGUGAUGCCAUCUUCAUGAAGUGGGUUCUGACGACGUGGACCAACGACGAGUGCACGACCAUCCUGAGGAACUGCCACGCCGCGCUGCCGGACGGCGGCAAGCUGGUGGCCUGCGAGCCGGUGGUGCCGGAGCAGACGGACACCACCACCAGGACGAGGGCGCUGCUGGAGAACGACAUCUUCGUCAUGACCACCUACCGGACGCAGGGGAGGGAGCGCUCCGAGGAGGAGUUCCGCCACCUCGGCCUCGCCGCCGGCUUCACAGGCUUCCGCGCCAUCUACCUCGACCCCUUCUAUGCCGUCCUCGAGUAUACCAAGUGA